CCCUGACACACACAUGCACGCACACAGAGCAGAGAUCUGCGCUGCCGUCAUUUUCACAGUGUCUGAAUCUAUCAGGUUGAAGUACUGAGGAAACACCAAUCUCAGAGGUCUGGUGUCUGAAUUUCGGUCUCUGCCCCUCACACCUUGCUGGAAGUCCACCCUGAGAAAAGAUCGAUCAGUUCGCAACUAUGGAAUGCAACCAGACAUCGUGUCAGAUCGAUUUUAUGAGACACAGCAUUGUGCUCGCCGUCAUAUACAGUGUCAUCUUCAUCGUGAGCUUCACCAUGAACUGCCUUACCUUGUGGCUAAUUAUCCUGCAAGUCAAGCAGAGGAACGUCCUCGGUAUUUAUCUCCUUAGCCUGUCCAUAUCUGACAUUUUCUUCGUGUUGACCAUUCCUCUCUGGGUCCUUUAUUACUACAAUGGACACAGGUGGACACUCGGCUGGGCCUUUUGUUAUAUGUCCGGGUUCAUAUUCUACUCCAAUGUCUACAUCAGUAUCUUCCUGCUCUGCUGCAUCUCAGUGGAUCGCUACCUGGCAGUGGUCUACCCCAUUGAGUCUCAGGGUUUCCGGCAGCCAGGAAGAGCACUGCAAGUUUGCCUGCUCAUAUUCCUGGCCGUCUUUGCCUUCCACCUGCUUGUCCUGCUUUACUCCAUCAGACAAGAUAGUCAGCAAAAGGCAGACAACCAGACCUGCUUCGAGCACAUCCCGCUGAUCAGACCGGUGGCCUUCAGCAAUUACUUUCGAUUCUUCUUGGGCUUUUUGCUGCCUCUCCUGGUGCUGAUUUUGUCAUACCAGAGGAUCUUCAAAGGAGUCCAGAAGAGCAUUACCCUGGGGAUCGAACAGAAAUCCAAAGUCAAGCUUAUUUCCAUAUCGGUCAUCAUCAUUUUCGUCAUAUGCUUCACCCCUUACCAUAUCAUCCUCUUGCUCCGAACCCUAAAUUUCAGCCUGGCCGACAGCUGUUGUGACUUUGAGCAGAUGGUCUACUUGCCUUUCAAUAUUUCCUUGGCAUUGUCUAGCCUCAACAGCGCUGUGGACCCAAUACUCUACGUGUUGGUCAGCAACGGAGUCAAAAAGGACCUGAAGAAAACUUUCGCCUUUGCUCAUUGUAUUGGCUUCACAAAGGAACGGGCCAUAAAGGGGUCGCCCACCUCCCUGACCAAGACCACCGUCUUAAUCAGUCACAUGUGAUUGAGGUGGGACACACGCGGAGUAACGGGAUGAUGGAAAGAUUUGGGAGCUGGUGUUCACCAGAGCCCCUUUUCCAUUGGUCUAAGAGGGAGCGACGAUCAGCCCUUACUCCUGGCUCCCAGCUCCGUGGCCAGGAGGUGGAACCACACUAAUGCUGACAAGCAGAAUGACUAAACUUUGGAGGGAUUGGUAGACCCUGAGCAGUUUUCAAACCUAAUUUCAAACAUCCCACUUAAUGGGUUACCCAGGCAACAAGUGUUGGACCAGAGAUUUGGAAUAAUGGCCGAAGUGGGGGCUUGGAGUUGCUGCCCUCUAUAGGCCUCAAGGAGAAAGGACAUGCACCUGGGGCACUCAAAUUUGUGUUCAGAUCUCUGUCCCAUUGCUGAGAACCUGGAGCUGAAUGAGGAGGAAAACCCAUUAGAACAGUGACUUAACUCAAGAGAGACCCCUUCACUGUAACUGCAGCCCAGUUCAGGGAGUGAACCUGGGCUGUGAUUGCAGACCAACCUUCCAAGCUAAACAACACCCAUCCCCAAAGUACCCAAUGUGGGGCUUGAACCAAUAACCCUGAGACUGAGAGCCCCAUGCUCUACCAACUGAGCUAACUACUUGACAGCUUGUGAGCCCAGACCUGGAAACAUGAACUCAGGGAGUAUCACUGAAUCUCAACAGUACCCUGGGUGGUUUCAAACCUUCCUCCUUGAGUUCCGAGUUCAGCGUUCAGCUGUUUGGUUAAAGGAGACCUAAGAGGGUUUUGUACAGACUGAGAUAGGUUAGAUGAUGCAUUUAAAGUGAUUGAAAACAAUUGCAUAUGUAAUGAGCCAGCUAAAUUGCAUUUGUGACGAGUUUGUCACCAUUGUGUGAAAUGAGAUGUAUAAUGAGAUGCGCUAAC